AUGGGGAGCGACGGCGAGCUACCGCGACGAGGUCGGGCGGAGGAGAGGAGGGGAGGCGGCGACGAACUCGGGGGAGGCUUGGGAGCCUGGGCGGAGGUGGCGAUGGCGACGAGGCGUGAUCAAUCCCGACAUCGUGCCACGGGGCGCGGCGCGGCGGAGAUCUCUCCGUUUCCUCUGUCGACGAAUCUCCCCUUCGUGUCGGCGCUGCUGGCUUUCUCUAUUGCCCAGUUCCUCAAGAUCUUCACCACUUGGUUUAAGGAAAAGAGAUGGGAUUCUAGUAGGUUGCUUGGAUCAGGUGGAAUGCCUUCAUCACAUUCAGCAACUGUGGCAGCUCUUGCAGUGGCCAUUGGUCUUCAAGAAGGGACAGGGGGUUCCUUAUUUGCUCUUGCUACGAUAUUGGCAUCUGUUGUAAUGUAUGAUGCAUCUGGGAUCAGGUUGCAUGCUGGCAGGCAAGCUGAGUUGCUAAAUCAACUGGUAUAUGAGUUGCCACGAGAGCACCCUUUGUCUAGUGUCAAGCCUUUACGUGAUUCUCUUGGACACACUCCGCUUCAGGUUUGUGCGGGAGCUGUUCUUGGUUGCCUCGUCUCCUUCCUUAUGAGGAAUUCUUCUCCUGUAUAAGAAAAAAAUGUGGGCUUAGGUUGCCUGUGCUUCAUUCUAACGGGAACAGAAUUCCUAAAACUAUUGUUAUUGAUAAGGUUCUGCGCUAAAGACCUCAUUACUGUUAAAUUAAAUAUAUUCACUUUAACUAUAUUCUAAAUACUAAGUAGCUUUUUAGUAGCUGGGAUUCCUGAAUAGUAUAAUCCGUGGUGGAUAAGAAUUUUCCACUUUAUGCGUAAAAAUAAACACCUUUAUGUUCAUGGAUCCAUUUGCAAGCUAGUUGGCUUCGAUAAAUUUACAUUUGGAAUCUGUAAUGGGAAUAUGAGUCUGAAUCCCAACAGGAACAAGGGAAGAUUGACUGUUAUGAUAUCACAUUACUUUUUGAGUUUAUUCGAAGGAGAAUUCCCCUUUAAAAAAGCACUAAAGUCAACAGUGAUCGUGAGAAAGUAUGUGGUUGGAGACGGUCUAUAUCAUUUUAAUGUGUACGAAAUAAAUAUUAACCAUUGGAUCUAUGUACGACUCUUGAUAUUAAAUAAUCUAAUGGUUGACAUCUA